AUGGCAGUACGGGGUAUGGAUAGUAUAUGCGUACCGGCGAAGGGUAAGGAGCAUUUGCCAAAAGAUGCUGCUGAAAAGAAGAAUGUCAUUUUAUGUGUCACGAGCUAUAGCGAUAAAGUAGUCCACUUGUGGUUCGUAGAGGUCCAUGUAGAAAGCAGCACUCUUUGUAGUGAAGAUCGAAUCACUGUAGAAGAUAACGUGGGAGUGCUGGGCAUAUACUGUGGGCACAUUACUCCUGGUCCUAUAGUUUCAGUUGGUAACAGGCUUUUUGUGAUAUUUACCACUAACAGCAAAACAUCCGACAAGGGAUUUGAGGCAAAGUAUGAAGCUGUGGAUCCAAGCAAGACACCAGGACCAGUUGGAUGUACAGAAAUGGUUGAAGUCUUUGAUGGAGAAGAAAAGGGAGCACAAAAAUUGGGACACUUUUGUGGAAAAGAAAUUCCCGGUGCUGUUGUUUCUUCUGGAGACAGAAUGGUUGUUCGUUAUAGACCAAAUCCACAGGGGGCUCGAGGAGUAUUCCAGGCUAAAUACAUUGGAUUUCAAGGGAGUGUUAGCCCAACUCAGAGCCCUACCACCACUAAUAAUAUUGAUUCUGGUUGUGGAGGCAAUUCUCUACAAGAAGGUCGUAAAGGCUUCAUUCGCUCCAUGAACUAUCCAGACCCCUACUCUCCUAAUCUCCAUUGUAGCUGGAACAUCUCUGUUACUCCAGGGUCACUUGUUAAACUGACAUUUACUCAAUUUGCUGUUGAUGGGGAACUAGGAUCAUGUACAGGAGACAAAGUGGAGAUAUCUGAUAGUGUAGAUGCCAUAGGGACUUACUGUGGGUAUUUGCAGCCUCCUUUAAUCAUUACCUCCAGCAACAAACUGUUCCUGAAGUUUUCCACAGAUGCUGUGAGGACGGAUCAUGGUUUUGAAGCCAAAUGGGAAGAAGUCCAUGUGGAUGACAUUGAAGAACUCCAAUCCUGUGGUGGGAGCUCCACUGAAGAGAAUGGCGUGUUUAAAUCUCCAAAGUGGCCUUACUCUUACGGGCCCAACAGGUUGUGUCUCUGGCACCUACAGGUUCCCCAAGGGAAAAGGGUGACCAUUAGAUUCUCUCACUUUGACUUGGAAGACCCAGACUUGAUCAGCAAGUUGUGUUAUGAUUAUAUAGCUGCCUAUGAAGAGGUUUCAGGAAGGACAACAAAAUAUGGUCCAUUCUGUGGAACUACAGUGCCAAACACUAUUACUAGUCAAAGCAAUAUAAUCACAGUCAGGUUCUACAGUGACCUCUUUACAGAAGGAAGAGGAUUCCGAGCUUACUGGACUUCCAAUCCACUGCAGGCACCUCCCACAGAUGCACCAGAAGCACCCAAUCCUUGGGACAGUAUAACAAUAGAAUGGCCAUCCAAGUGUGGACAGCCCACAAAUCCCCCCAAGAUCAAUACCAGAAUAGUCAACGGAGAACAGGCUCUUCCUCACAGCUGGCCUUGGCAAGUGUCCAUGCAGGUAAAUUCCCGUAAUGAAACAAUUUUCUUCCAUACAUGUGGUGGCACUCUGAUCCACAAGAACUGGGUCCUCACAGCAGCCCACUGUUUUAUUAACUAUGCAGAUGAGUUAUAUCGCUGGCAAAUGUGUCUUGGGAAACACAACCUAACACAGGUGGAGGCCACUGAGAGAUGCUACAAAAUUCUCGGCAUCUACCGCCAUGAAGGAUUUGUGUACCCUGACAUUCCUGCACUGGAGUAUGAUAUUGCCUUGGUGAGGCUAGAUGGUGAAGUGGUUGCCAAUGAUGCUAUCGAUUUUGCUUGUCUUCCUCCAAACGAUCAGGUCUUAGAUGCAAAUUAUCGAUGCCAUGCCACUGGAUGGGGGGAUGAAACAGGAAAUUCAUUGGCACCAAAAGCUGCUGAAGCAUUGAAUCAAGUGGUAUUACCUGUUAUUGGUUAUGAAGUUUGCAAAACUCCUCAGUAUUGGUGGUUCCAAAUAAAGGACUCCAUGAUCUGCGCUGGAUAUGUUCUCCCCGAUGAAUUAAAGUCCGUGUGUCAGGGGGAUUCAGGUGGGCCACUGGUCUGCCCUUCAACCACCAACAGCUCAAUCUGGGAAGUUCAUGGAAUUACCAGUUUUGGCCCUAUAGGCUGUAUUAUGGAUAAAAAACCCAGUGUGUUCACCCGUGCAUCUUCUCAUGUUGAAUGGAUAGAUGGCAUCAUUAAAAAGGAUAUAUAUGAUAUGUACUCAUCCGGCUGUGGCAGCCCCAAAGACCUGAGUGACAGAAAAGGUACCUUCCAAUCAAUAAGGUAUCCCUCCCCCUACAGGAACGAGGCUAGCUGCAUUUGGAAUAUUGUAGCCCCCGCAGACAAAGUCAUUCAUGUUCAUUUCAACGACUUCCUUCUUGAGCAAAGCACUGCUUGCAAUAAUGACAGAGUGAUUAUUUCAGAUGAGCUCAGUAGUCUUGGUUCACACUGUGGAGCAUUUACACCAAAAGAUCUUGUGAGUUACAGCAACACAUUAUCAGUGAGAUUCAUUUCCAACAGCAGGGUAGUAGAUACUGGAUUUUCUGCAACCUGGGAAUUCGUGGAUCCCAUUACAAUUCCAAGCAUUUCUCAGUGUGGAGGUCAUUUCAGCUCUGACAAAGAAGAGUUUAUGUCCCCAAACUGGCCUAAUGCCUCUUACCCUGGAAGUCAAGCCUGCACAUGGAAAAUUAAUGUUCAGCCUGGCAAACGAAUCCACAUUGUCUUCAAAAGCUUUGAAUUGCAGAUAGCAAAUUUUACAGGAAGCUGCCAGGACUAUGUGGAGGUUUUUGAUGGCGACAAAGCUGGAGCAAACAAAUUAGGUCAGUUCUGCGGUAGCACAGUUCCACCGACACUGAACACAACAGGGAAUACGGCUGUUAUUAAAUUUGUCAGUAAUCAUGAACGACACCAAAAUGGCUUCUAUGGGUACUGGACAACUAAUCUGACAGACAUCCCUACCUCUAUCUCUAGGCAGCCCAAACCAUGGGACAAUGUUAAAGUAGACACACCUACUUUGGCUAUCUUAAUUGUACAGCCCAUGAAGGCCAAGAUGGAUUUGGGCCUGCUGACCUAA